AUGCCUCUACCACGGCGAGCCGUCAUUGCCGUGACGUCCGCAACGGCUCCUCUCCACAACGGACAACCUACCGGGAUGUUCAUCAGUGAGGCUCUCCACCCGUUCCAGGUCUUCAAGCAGCAUGGCUUUGAAGUCGACCUCGUGUCGGAAAAGGGCACCUACGUGCCUGAUUGGUUGAGCCUGCAAGAGAGUUUCCUGAGCGGUGAGGUUAAGAAGGAGUGGGAAGACGUGAACAGUGAGUUUAGGCAGAAGUUGGACCACAUGCCGAGUGUGGAGACGUAUGGCAUAUUCUUCGCUAGUGCCGGACAUGCAGCCCUGAUCGACUACCCUCACGCGAAAGGCCUGCAAAAGAUCGCAACGGAUGUUUGGGCGCAGGGAGGCGUUGUUUCGGCUGUUUGUCACGGAGAGGCCAUAUUCCCCGGGGUCAUUGAUCCGGCCACCGGCGAGUCCAUCAUCAAGGGCAAAACCAUCACAGGCUUCACCACUCAGGCCGAGUACGACAUGCAUCUCAUGGAUCCCAUCCGGAGCUGGGGCGAGCCCUUGAUUGACGAAUGGGCAGCCAAGCUCGGUGCCAAAUACGUGAGGGCGGAUGGAGUCUGGGACGAUUUUCACGUUACCGAUGGGAGGGUGGUGACAGGCAUGAACCCUCAAAGCGCAAAGUCGACAGCAGAGGCAACGGUUGCUGUGUUCGAGAAGCUCUGA